CAUGAUUAUUCAAUCUUUGUCCAAAAAAACAGUGAAGUAUGAUUUAUUUAGUACAUUGUCAUGCUCAUCAUCUGUCUCUAGAGUGCUACUAUGAAACUUCGCUUGCCACUGUUACAGUUUGUUAGCCAUGGAAAUCCAGCUCCUAAAUUCUACUCAGCUGCACCAAACAACGUGGUCACUUGGACCACCCUCAUCACCCAACUCUCUCGUUCCAACAAACCAUUCCAUGCCCUGAACUCUUUCAACCGCAUGAGAGCCGCCGGAAUAUACCCCAACCACUUCACCUUCUCAGCCAUCUUACCCGCAUGUGCCAAUACCCUGAUCCUCAUCCACGGUCAGCAAAUGCACGCAUUGAUUCAUAAACACUGCUUCGACACGGAUACAUUUGUAGCCACCGCGUUACUUGACAUGUACGCUAAAUGUUGUCACAUGUUAUUUGCAGUGAAGGUGUUCGAUGAAAUGCCCCACAGGAGUCUCGUUUCCUGGAACGCGAUGAUUGUGGGGUUCUUGAGAAACAAGUUGUAUGUCCGUGCCAUUGGGAUUUUCAGGGAGGUUCUCCGAGAUGCUGCCCUUGACCCGGAUGAAGUCAGUUUCUCGAGCGUGUUGAGUGCUUGUGCAAGUGUCGUUGACUUGGGGUUUGGGAUGCAGGUGCAUGGGAACAUCGUGAAGCGUGGUUUGAUCGUGUUGGUUUAUGUGAACAACUCGCUUGUGGACAUGUAUUGCAAGUGUGGGUCGUUUGAUGCUGCAAACAAGCUGUUCGACGCUGCUGGAGAUAGAGAUAUUGUUACCUGGAAUGUGAUGAUCGUGGGGUGCGGACGUAGCGAAAACUUUGAACAAGCUUGGAGCUUUUUCCGGGCCAUGAAAAGGGAAGGUGUGGUGCCCGACGAGGCCUCGUGCUCAUCCCUUCUUCAUGCUUCUGCAAGUGUUGCGGUGUUGGCACAGGGCACCUUGAUCCAUAACCAUGUCUUAAAAACUGGGUACUUGAAAAACGCUUGUGUUUUGAGUUCAUUGGUGACAAUGUAUGGCAAAUGUGGGAACUUGUUUGAUGCUUAUCGGGUUUUUCAAGAAAUAGAGAACUGUAAUGUGGUUUGUUGGACAGCAAUGAUUGCAGUUUGUCACCAACAUGGCUGCGCAAAUGAAGCGAUUGAGUUAUUUGAAGAGAUGCUCAGAGAGGGGGUUGUGCCAGAAUACAUUACAUUUGUUUCUGUGCUGUCAGCAUGCAGCCAUACAGGCCUGGUAGAUGAUGGUUUUAAGUACUUCAAUUCCAUGGUUAGCGUCCAUAAUAUUAAACCUGGACCAGAACAUUAUGCAUGCAUGGUUGAUUUGCUUGGUCGUGUCGGUCGAUUGGAGGAAGCAUGCAACUUUAUUGAAUCGAUGCCAAUCAAGCCUGACUCCUCAGUUUGGGGGGCUUUGCUGGGGGCAUGUGGAAAAUAUGCUGAUGUUGAAAUGGGAAGAAAGGUUGCUGAGAGGCUUUUCAAGUUGGAACCGGAUAAUCCAGGAAAUUAUAGGCUACUUUCAAAUAUCUAUACACGGCAUGGAAUGUUGGAAAAGGCUGAUGAAGUGAGGCAAUUGAUGGGGAUUAAUAGGGUAAGGAAAGAGACUGGAUGUAGCUGGAUUGAUGUUAAGGACAGGACCUUUGUGUUCACUGUGAAUGAUAGGUCACAUUCAAGGACAGAUGAGAUUCAUGAAAUGUUGCAGAAGUUGAAGGAGUUGAUAAAGAAGAGAGGAUAUGUGGCUGAGACUCAGUUUGCAACAAACAUUGUAGAAGGGACUGAAGAGCAGAGUUUGUGGUAUCACAGCGAGAAGUUAGCUCUUGCAUUUGGUCUUCUGGUCCUCCCAGUUGGAUCUCCAGUAAGGAUAAAGAAGAAUUUGAGGACUUGUGGCGAUUGUCACACUGUUAUGAAGUUUGCUUCAGAGAUUUUUAAGAGAGAGAUUAUUGUAAGAGAUAUCAACAGGUUUCACCGAUUCACAAAUGGGCUGUGCUCUUGUAGAGACUAUUGGUGAGUGAAACACACGCAACUGAACAAACCCAACUCCUUACUUUUGGAAGCUGCCACUGAGCUCCCAAUAUUAUUUGCAAUUCCUCCCCUGUUGUUGGCUAUUGGCAAUUGUGCUUUCUGGGGAGAGACUUAGGAUUAACACAACUCUAUGAAAGUGCGGAGAAUCGAGGAAAAAUACGGCUGAUGUGUCCACAAUUACGGUGGCAAUGUGGUUGCAGAGACCUCAAAAACCUCGAUGUCGCGGUUGCAAUCGUGAUCUCAGAUCUUGAUUAAAAAACACGGUGAAGAUGUUAGGAGCCUUCUUCAAGGCAUUGAAACAUGACAAUGAAGUAGCGUCGAGAUUUUUGGAUUUGAUGCCAAUGAUGUUUUAGUUGAUGAUAAUUAUAAGAAGCUCGAGUGUGGUCAAUCUCCAUUUCCUUAUCAUAGUUAAGGUAGGAGAAGAAAUGAAGCUUUGCUUGCAAAAGGCGUUGUGGCGUCGGCAAUCUGACAGGGUUUGUUAUUUUUGUUUGCUCAAUACUUUUUGAACUGUUAGAUUUACAUAGAAAUUCUUUAUUCACAGAGGCUGGAGAGAUUCUUAGGUCACCAAUUCAGAGAAGCUGGAGAAAUUCUUUCUCCAAUAGAAAGUACUUUAUUAUAUUUUGAAUAGGUUGGGGCUGUCAACCAAAAACUAGCUUAUUCCAAGGGUAUUAUCAAUCUCUAUUCAUGAUUCAACUUUUAACUGUGACACACCUGUAUAUGUGAAAUAUAAAUUUUUGUUUGAUGGUUGUGACUGGGGGUUCUAGAGAUUGCUUGUGGCUUCUUCAUGAUGUAUUAUCUGUCGGUUGUGCCCUUUUGCAUUUGGAGGUAAUUUUAGGGUGCACCCUUUUGCAUUUGGCAAUAGAGAGUAGCCCAGCAAAAUUCCAUUUGUUCCAUCCGUUUUUUGUUUGUCCAACCAUUUCUUCCGCUCUGUUGUAAGACUAAGCACAGGGCUUUUUGUCCAUAUAAAGAGUAUGGGCUAUCAAACUUUUUCUGUUGAUGGUUAUUAGCCAUCUUUUUACAUUUUGAGCAUCACAUUGUAGAGGAUGCUCACUAAUCACCAGUGAUACACAUUAUAGAUAUUUUUUUGUCUGGAUUCCAUAUUAUAUUGCCUUUUGAAAAUCAUGCAUAGGUAUGUUUAGGUCAUAA